AUGGAGGCCAACCUCGAGCUAGACUGUGUCGCCACUCAACAGGAUACAGGAACCAUCUACGGAAUUGCAACCGCAUCCGGAAAUGACAACAAUGGCAUCUACGGUACAUACGUCGUCCUCGUCAAAUCAAACGCCAGCCCCACCGAUCUCAUAUCCCUCAAAUGGUCCGUCGUCUCCACAACCCCAGCUCACGACUUGUCAUACGUCUACCCAAAAUUUGCCACCGUCGACUGUGCAGUCUCCAGCAAAGGAGAAUUUAUUGCCUUGUUCCCCAACUUUAAGUUGCUCACGACAAAGACACAGACCAUACCUAUGGGUGUUCGAUAUGACCCUGUCUCUAACAGCUGGUCAGAUAAUCGAGGAUUACCAUUGUAUGGGUGGAACUCAGAACCCUGGCAUCAAUUGUUCUAUACCACGGGAAAUGGUGUCGAGUCGCUGGUGCAUCUGGUGACGGAUCAUGUUGGAACGGUUGUCAGGUUUGGAACUGUCGAUACUGCCACCAACAUGCUUCAACUUGCCGACAUCUGGAAAUAUAAUUACAACGAAAAGGAAUAUUCAUCGGGGAGUUUCAGCGACGCAUUUGAAUCGUCCUCAGAAAAUCAGCGUUUGACUAAAAAUGGAUUUUUUUGGCAAUGGGGAUACUCCGCCCAGCGUCUGUUCACCCCAGGACCCAAUCAGCUCUAUAUCAACCCCAGCUGGGAAGACACAAUCAAAUCCUUCCCCUUGGCCUCGGCAGUAACAGCAUCCCAUACCGGCACUUCAACGUACUCGGAGCAAGCCUCAUUUGAAACCAGCAGGUUUUUCUCAGGGACCCGAGGAAACCUGACGACUUUUGUGGCCGCCAUGGGUUAUUUCAAUGGGUCCCAACCCUCCAUCCACAAUUUGACAGGCGCCAACUCAUGGGGAAACGAUGAAGUCCACCAAAACAUGAUCACAGCAGGUGGGCGGCUGCCAGGACAGGAACCGUUUGCUGUCGCCGUAUCGACAUAUGGUCUCUACGAGCUCCAGCUCUUUGGUCCAUCUGCAGGAAACCUCUCAGGACCGAUAAGUGUCACCGUCCCUUCCUCUUCUUUGCACUCUUUCCGCCCUCCACUAGCUACACCCAAGUAUCUUGUGAGGUUAACGGGCAUUGAGAAGGUUCUAAUGGUGCUAGGUGUGUUUGUUGUGGUGGUGCUCGUUUGGCGGCGGAAGAAGAUAAGGGAUCAGCGAAAGGAGGAGGAGGAGGAGAAAGCGAAGGCGGCAGCCAUGGAGAGUGGUGGUAGUGGUGGAGAGGCGUAUAUGAUGGGAGUAGUUCCUGAAACCCAGACGACGCCCGAGGUUGCAAUCAAUGUCACCACAAGUGACAAUUUUCAAAGGGGUGGUUCUCCGUCUACUUUGGCACCCCUUCCUGCUGCAGGAUCACCACAACCGAGCCUCGCUUAUACAUACCAGGAUGAUAUCCAGGAGUUGGAGUUCUCGCGUCACCCUCGACCCAAUAUUGUUACAUCUGUCGCCGACCCAUGA